CAUCACGAACAGUUUUCUCACGAGGUGAAAGGUCGUUCCACCCGCAGUCAUUCGCACAGAGCGCGAGCCCAUGUUGAUUUCCUGAUUUUGCGGAUUUCAGCUCCGUGCCUCACGCGCGUUACCGAAGGAGUGUCAGCACAUGAGCACAGUGCUAUAAAGUUAUCGAGGGAGGAGCGCGUCCGAGUUCCGUUGUCAGUCGCCCGCGGGCCCCGGUAAAGGGAACGGAGUAGCUCGCGAGCAGGAUGGUGAUGUCGUUACCCUGGCUGCUGCUGGUGGAGCUCGGACUGUAUGCGACCUGCUUCGUUUGCGGGAUCGUAACGGCGGCCUCGCUGACCAUAACACAGGGGAACCUCGGGGGUCUGUGUGUGCUCUACGGCUCGGUGAGCUACAACGCCUCGUCUGGUUGGCUGGCGCCCCAGUCCUCAAGCCCCGCCUCCCUCUGCUACUUCCUGUCGUCUGUGUCCGUCCUGGCUGCCAUCGUGUGCUUCUCCCUCUCGCUCUACUGGCUCUACACCUGCUGCCUGGAGGAACACCUGCACAGAGAGCGUGUGUGGAUGAGCGUGACAUUAGGAGUGUGUGUGUUGUUCCUCUUCUUCCUGCUGGUGUCUGGGUGUGUGCUCAAGAUCGGGAGAGACACACUCUGUGAUUCUGUCACACACACUGUCCCUAACAUCACCAGCUGUGAAGAGGCCCAGACCAGAACAUGGACGAGUCCCAACAACGGAGCCCAGUUCUACACCAGCCUGCUCAAGGCAGAGACGGCUGUCUGGGUGAACUUCUUCUCCUGGGUCGUCAUCGGGGUGCUGCUGCUCCUACAGAGAGGUCGGGGGUCAAAGUUCACCCUGCUGGGGGAGGGGCCUGACGUCUCCGCCUCCGAGACUGAGCCCUUCCUGCACCGCCCCGCACGGCCGUAGACACACGCACACACCCUGACUGACCCACUCGGAUCUGCUUGAUCUGGUACCCUUCCUGUAAAACCACAAACAGCCUGUUUAAAGAAUAUUGAGUUUCUCCUUUCUCUCCUCUCUCUUUUCUCCCCCUCUCUCUUCUCUUUUCUCUCUUCUUUCUCUCUCUCUCUUUCUCAUGUUUUCUAUGAUCACCUGACAUAGAACUGUCUAGAACAGUAAAAACGUUUUGUUUUCCGUAGUGCAGGCUUGUUCUGUCUUCCAGGACGUAGUUCAGCCAGCCUGUUUAUGUUGCGCUGCCCUCUGCUGGUGGUGCUGCGGUACUCUGCUCUUAUCAAGGACAUGGUUAUGAGAACCUGUUCUGUCAUAGGUCACAUGACACCACCUCUCCUCUGUUGAAUUGUUUUUUUAAAUUUGAGUUUCAUUUUUUAAUGUUGUGUUGCUAGGAGACACAACAAAGCAGUGUUACUCUCUGUUUCGGAUCUAGGAAGUGUGUGUGUGUGUGUGCGUGCGUGCGGACUUAGGUGACAGGAUCAUCCAUUGUCUCUGUUGCUAUCAGAGUCCUGUGUUCAGGCACACAGCCAAGGCAACUGCAGUCACACAGACACACACACUCUCAUACACACACACCACCAACUCCACUGCAGUCAGCACUACAAGCUGCUCAAAGUCAAGUCGUCCUACACACACACAGACACACACACACACACACACUUCGUUGUCAGAGAGCGAGGGUUGUUGUGUUGGACCUAUAAUAUUUUGUUCAAAAAGAAACACUUUCUGAGAUGUUGAUGACCAAUAAAGAUGCUUUUAUACAUUGUA